AUGGUUGGCCCAAUCUUACGAUCUGUAUCGAUAACACAGUUGUUAGGAUUCGUUAGUGUGAAAAAGGUGCUUUGCUUGAUAACGAAUAAGUCUCUGUUUUUCCAACGUCUGUCGAGUAAAAAACCAAAAUCAAAGGGUAUUCAGAAUGCUGACAAACUGUCUGCCAGCUGUCAUUUCGAAAUGGCUCCCGAAACACCUCAGAACUUAUGA